AUGUUCUUGCCAUGGCUGAUACAAGAAUCAAAUAUGGACCUCUCAUAGGAUCUAUUGACGAGGGUACUUCAAGUACAAGAUUUCUGGUAUUUGCAUCUAAAACUGCUGAAGUCCUAACCUACCACCAGCUGCCUAUCCCAUCAAUUGUACCAAAGGAAGGAUGGUUUGAGCAAGAUCCCAUGAUGAUUUUAGAAGCAGUCAAAGAAACAAUAGAUGUUACUUGUGACAAUUUGAUCAAACUAAACAUAAAUUAUGAGGAUAUUGUAGCUAUUGGAAUUACAAACCAAAGAGAAACAACUAUUUUGUGGGAUCCUACAACAGGAAAGCCUUUAUACAAUGCCAUAGUGUGGAUGGAUGUCAGAACCUCCAGCACAGUUGAUGACAUUCUGGAAAAUGGCAAGCACCCACAAGAUUUCCUUCAGUGCCUUUGUGGACUCCCAGUCAGUACCUAUUUCAGUGCACUCAAAAUCAGGUGGUUGAUGGACAAUGUACAAGGUGUGAAAGAGGCUAUAGAACAAGGCCGUUGUCUGUUUGGCAAUGUUGAUACUUGGCUUGUAUGGAAUCUCACUGGUGGUGUACAAGGUGGUUUACACAUAACUGAUGUUACAAAUGCUUCAAGAACAAUGCUAAUGAAUAUUGAUACUUUGAAGUGGGAUCCAAACCUCUGCAAAGUUUUCAAUAUUCCUAUGAAUAUACUCCCUCAAAUAAGAAGCUCCUCAGAAAUAUAUGGCUACAUUUUUGAUGUUACUAAAUUGUCAGGAGUACCAAUAGCAGGGAUUUUAGGUGAUCAGCAAGCAGCACUGGUAGGCCAAAUGUCCUUUGAAAUGGGCCAAGCAAAAAGUACUUAUGGCACUGGUUGUUUCAUUUUGUACAAUACUGGGACACUUACUGUCAGGUCUACUCAUGGACUAUUAACUACUGUUGCUUAUCAACUAGGACCAGAUAAAAAAGCUGUGUAUGCCUUGGAAGGAUCAGUGGCAAUAGCUGGAAUUUCAAUAAAAUGGCUUAGAGAUAACCUCAAUGUAUUGAAUGAUGUAUCUGAAUCUGCUGAAAUGGCUCAAGCUGCUAAUGAACAUGGAGAAGUUUAUUUUGUACCAGCUUUUUCAGGGUUGUAUGCACCCUAUUGGAGAAAAGAUGCAAGAAGCGUUAUUUGCGGUUUGACGGAAGAAACCAAACCCGGCCAUUUGGUGAAAGCAGCUCUGGAAGCUGUCUGCUUUCAAGUGAGAGACGUCUUGGAAGCCAUGACCCUAGAUUGCGGUCAUCCUUUGACCAAACUCUUGGUGGACGGUGGCAUGACGGUCAAUGAUUAUUUGAUGCAGAUGCAGGCAGACUAUUGUGGAAUACCUGUCGUUAGGCCAAUGAUGGCCGAAACCACAUCUCUUGGAGCAGCGAUUGCCGCAGGCAAUGCCAAAGGGGUUGAAGUGUGGGACAUAGAAAGUAUGGAGGCCGUUCCUUGUGACACUUUUGUUCCCGUCAUAAAAGAAGAUGCUAGGGAUGUUAAAUAUUCGAGAUGGAAAAUGGCGAUAAAAAGAAGUCUUGGAUGGGUAGAAGACGAUAAUUCUAAGGCUGGUUUAGACUUGCCACGCUUGGUAGAGGGUGCAGAACAAAUGAUAUCAGGAAGUAGAAUAGCGAAAGCUUUUCCAGCGGGGAUGUAUCUUAUCGGCACUGCAGCUAUGCUAAUGGCUUCGGAAAUAUUGAAGGGGCCAUGA